CAAACACAUACACAUACACAUACAUGCUAUACGAUUUACCAUUUCUCAGAUCGAGCUGGAGCGAUGAGGACUCUUUCUUCUCCACCUCCAUUGCAAAGCUCUAGAUUUUCCGUAUUCCCGACAAACCCUCCACAAAUCCACAAAUUUAUAUACAAUCCUUUCCUCAUCUUCCUCAUCUUCACCCUCACCCCCACCCCCACGACCUCAACUCAUUCUCAGUUCCCCCAAAUCCCAUACUCGCCACACUGCAACUACGUCGUUGCAGAGUCACCCCCAACCAAUACCCAGCUCAGCACCCCCAACUUUCUUAAAUUACUCAACGCUUAUUUCACCGGCGGCGAAAAAAUUCUAAGUCAAAAUCACCGACACUUGAGAAAAUAUGAUCCGAAUUAUGUUUCUUUACAGACCAAAAAUGUUUACCAAACUCAAAACGCCACCGUUUUCAAGCUUGAUGGGAUUUUGAACUUCUGGGGUUCAAGAAUCUUCCGUCGGAAUUUACGGCUUGUUCAUUACCGGCCGCCGAAAAUUCCGGUCAAGAACCACGAAUCAGUUUUUCGGCUAAGUGGGUUUUGGGAUUCAAGCUCUGGGAAGCUGUGUAUGGUUGGUUCAGGUUUGGGAUAUUUACGUUUUGUUAAUGUUGUUUUAAAGCUUAAUUAUCUUAAUUCUUCGAGUAUUUUUACUAGUUUGGUUAAUGGUACAUUGCAAAGCUUGGAUACGGUUGGUGGUUCUACUUAUUUUGAGCCUAUUUCAAUAUUGGGUGUGAGCUCAAUGAGUUAUGAAUAUACAUUGAUUGAUAAGGAAAUUGAGAAUAAUGGGUUUAGGGUCUAUGAUAAGAUUGAAAAUGUGAGCCUUGGUUUGGAGCUGAAUCGUAGUGUUUGUUUUGUAAUUGACUCAGCUCAUUGGUUUGAAAUGGAAAAUUUGGAUGAUUGUGGGAGAGUUAAUUGCAAUCCUAUUAGUGGGGGGAGUAAGGAUCCAUUUCAUUUUAUGUCCUUCCACGAGAUUGAGUGUUUGGAGGACGGGAAAGUGCGAUAUUUGAUAAUGUUUUGGAAUCUGAGUCGUAAUGCGAUUCCAGUACCUUUUGAUCCCUACAUAACGUUAGUUGGCGAGGGGGCUUGGGAUUGGAGGAAGAGGCGUUUUAACAUGGUUGCUUGCCGAAUAUUGAAUAUUACUGAUUCACUGGAUAAGGGGUCAGUUGGGGAUUGCUCGAUUAGGUUGAGCUUGCAUAUACCUUCAACUUUGUCGUUGAGAAACAGGAGUUUUGUUGUUGGGCAAAUGUGGAGUACUAGAAGCUUGAAUGAUUCUAGUUAUUUUGGUACAGUUGCAUUUCAAAGCCCGGAAAACAGAUAUGUGAGACUGAAGGGUCUGAAUUAUGAGUAUAGUGAGAAUGACAACGUUGGAAAACAGUGUGCAAAAAAGAUGACGGUAAAAGGAAAGGGAGGGAGAUACCCUGAUGUGUACUCGUCUGACAUGAGAUUUGAUAUGAGAGUGAGAAAUAGAAAAGGGGUAAUAGGAACGGGUUACUCAUCUCCGCUAUAUGUGGGUGAUAAAUUGUAUGAGCACUUCGACAGGCUUGCAUGGGCACCUGAGCACUUUGACAGACUUGAGCCUGCAGUUCAAUUGAAUCACAGCCGCAGCAGUGUGGUGAAUAUCAGCAGUGUGAUAAGCUUUAGAUCUGUACAUGACUUCAAGCUAGAUGAUAAAUUUCCUCAAACCAGGUCAGUAGAAAUUUCUGCUGAAGGGAUAUAUGAUCCCAAUACUGGACUCCUUUGCAUGAUUGGUUGUAUGCAUCUUGGAUCACAUAAAGAGAAACUAUCGAAAAAUGUUUCAGUGGACUGUGAAAUUGUUGUCAAUGUCCAGUACCCCCAAUUGGAUUUAAAGGCCGGGACCAAUGCAAAGGGAACCAUUGAAAGCACACGCAGUAAGUCAGAUCAUCUAUACUUUGAGCAUCUUGAGUUCCAUUCAUAUUCCAUUUACACAAGCCAAGCCAAAGAAUCCAUAUGGAGAAUGGAUCUGGAGAUCACCAUGGUCCUAAUUUCAAACACUCUUGCAUGUCUCUUUGUGGGUCUGCAGCUAUUUUACGUGAAAAAGCACCCAGAUGUGCUUCCCUUCAUUUCUGUGAUGAUGAUUAUUGUUCUCACUGUGGCGCACAUGAUCCCGCUAUUGUUGAACUUUGAAGCCCUAUUCUUGGCAAACCGUAAUAGGCAGAAUGUUUUCCUUGGGAGUGAUGGAUGGCUCGAAGUAAAUGAGGUGUUAGUGAGGGUAAUAACUAUGAUAGCUUUCCUGAUGCAGUUCCGUCUUCUCCAACUGACAUGGUCUGCUAGAGUAGGUGGUGAAAGCCAGAGAAACCUCCGGGUUGCUGAUAAAAAGGUUUUUUAUUUGUCUUUACCUUUGUACAUAGGCGGUGGUCUGAUUGCAUUGUUUGCUCUUCUAUGGAAAAAGUCGCACCAGAGUCCAUUUCUGCGACCACGCCGUUUGCGUUACCAGCAGCAAUCUUUCUGGGGCGACCUAAAAUCUUAUGCUGGUUUGGUCCUGGAUGGUUUUCUGCUCCCUCAGAUACUGUUCAACUUAUUCUGCGACUCCAGAGAGAGGGCUCUUGCGCCUGCCUUUUAUACAGGAACCACUCUUGUUCGCUUGCUGCCACAUGUAUAUGAUCUUUACAGGGCUCGUAGUUCUUCAUGGUUCUUCGAUAACAUCUUUGCGAACCCAAGAAUGGACUAUUAUUCAACUACCUGGGAUAUCAUUAUUUCUUGUAGUGGAUUGGUUUUUGUUUGCCUCGUUUACUUGCAGCAACAAUUUGGUGGUCGUUGUUUUCUUCCCAAAAAGUAUAGAGAGAAUUCUAUUUAUGAAAAGGUGCCUGUGGUUGGCACUGAGUGAAUUAUCAGGAGAAGUCUUUGGCUAAUUUUCUACUCUUUCACUACUAGAACGCCUGGUACAGACUACUGCAAACUCAUCAUCGGCACAGAAAGAGAACUUCGACGUUUACAAAGGUAACCACACAUAGAUUCCAUUCAUUCUGUGAUUUCAAAGAAUGUUCUAGGGAUAAGGUCUGAUUUUGACCUGUUAUUCUUUUGAUAUCUGUACCUAGCUGCUUUUCGAUUAUUAUCCCCGUAAGUUAUUAACACUAGUCUAAAUGCUGAAAUACCAUUUCUUUUACGUGCUUCUUAACCUGCUUACACUUUUCAAUUCUUGGAUGGAUUGUGGUUAAAUUCUUAAAUUCUGCAGUUUAUUAGAUAUGCAUGUUACUUGGACUUUGAG